AUGUCAUUGAAAGGUCCUACUGCCGUUGGGAAGUCGGAUACCGCUGUGGAAGUGGCGAAGCAGUUGCAGCUUCAAGGUCGCAAGGCAAAGUGCGACUUAUCAGUGCUGACUCCGUUCAAGUUUAUAGAGGUCUUGACAUUGGUUCUAACAAGCCUUCGAGAACGGAGCAGGCGGUUCCUGCAACUUGGCAUAGUGGUAUUGCAAGAGCGGGCGCUCAGUGCGUUGGCAAUGGAACUGCUCACAAGGCACGGCUUUACUGAAAUUGUUGGACACGUGGUCUCUGCUGCAAGGAUCCAGCUGCUCAAGCACGCAUUGCAGAACAACUCCAGCCUUUUCAGGUCCAAGCAUCAAAAUGUCAAAAUGCUGUCGGAGGUUUUGAAAGGUCCAAAUCAAAAACUUCCCGGUCAGGCUUCUGGGAAGGUCAGCGUGGGAUUCAAUACUCACGUCCAUGACAGGGUCUUUGUGGUUUGCGAGCGUCAGCGUAUUGAAAAACAUAUGUAUUUUGCAGGUUGUGGCUGA